ACUUUACUCUUUAAACAACAGAAAAAAAAAACAAUAUCGAGCGAAACGAUAUUAUUACAUUCAAUUCGAUUUCGUAAUACUACUUCAAUAGUCUAGUAUACACUGUCUCAAAUGUCUCAAUUACUUCAUAGUUUGUGUUAAUGACUACAGCGUUCUGAAAAAAAAUUUACACAUCACGAACAUUUCCUGAUGUAAUUUCUAUGUCAAGGACAUUGGUGGUUGUUCACAGCUGCCAAAUUUAUUGUCAACCGACUUCAAUGUUCAUUGCAUGAAUGAUGGAAUACGAUAAAUACCUCCGACCACUUCGGCGUGCAUGAUGGCACACGAUAUACAGAAACAUGAUUCCAACUCUGUAAACGUACUGCACAGUUUGGCAGCUGGCGCCAUUGCUGGUGCUUUAGCCAAGAGUACAAUUGCUCCAUUAGAUAGAACUAAAAUCAAUUUUCAAAUAUCUCAAGAACCAUAUUCAGGUAGAGCUGCAUUUAAAUUUUUGUCUGAUACUUAUGCAAAAGAUGGUUUUAUAUGGCUAUGGCGAGGCAAUACAGCCACCAUGACCAGAAUCAUCCCAUAUGCUGCUAUUCAAUUUACAGCAUUUGAACAAUGGCGGAAAUUGCUGAAGGUUGAUUCUCUAAACACAAAAAAUAAUGGAGGUCUUAAGUUUCUUUCUGGAUCUUUAGCUGGAGUAACAUCACAAACACUAACUUAUCCUUUAGACUUGGCAAGAGCAAGAAUGGCAGUUUCUACCAAAGAUGAUUAUAGAUCGUUGGGAGAUGUGUUCAAAAAGACUUUUAAAGUUGAAGGGAUAAAAGGCUUUUAUCGAGGCUAUGUGCCAACAAUACUAGGCAUUAUACCUUAUGCAGGUACAAGUUUUUUCACAUAUGGGUCGUUAAAGUCACUUAUUAAAGAAAAGCAUGGAUAUGAAAAUACGGUUGUGAAUUUAGCAUGUGGUGCAGUAGCAGGUAUGGCUGGUCAAUCAUCUUCAUAUCCCUUAGAUAUUAUUAGACGGAAGAUGCAAACAUCAGUAAUUACUGGAAUAAAUUACACAAACCUUAGAACUACAUUUAUAAUGAUUUAUAAAACUGAAGGUAUUAGACAAGGUUUUUUCAAGGGCCUAAGUAUGAAUUGGAUUAAAGGUCCGAUUGCUACUGGAAUUAGUUUUGCUACAUACGAUUUUGUAAGGAAAACUUUAAAAAAUAUUUGAAGUUUUCAAUAUUAUUUUUCACCAUUAAUGUGCCUAAUUUAAUUAUGUUGUUACCAUUAGAUUAUAUUGAUUCUAUUUGUUCGAAACCAUUAAUUGUGUAUGAACUGUAAUAUCUAGUCAAAUAAUUUUAAUUUUGAUGAGCAAGUUUGGACAUAAUUUUAUAACACCUCUAUACUUAUUAUAAAAUAUACUAUACAUUUAAAAAAUACGUAGAAAU